AUGGCGGGGAUCCUGGCGGGCGUGGUAGCCUCUCAGAUGGGCGGUUUGUUCCAGGUCGGCCAGACUAUCCUCGGGACUAUCCACGCCCCCCUCCUCGGCCUGUUCAUCCUGGGGCGGUUCAGCGUCUCCCUCCUGUUCAACCUGUGGGUGACGAUCGGCGCGAUGCUGUACGGGAGAGCCACGCCUUAUUUGGAAUUCUCCGACGAAGGCUGCAAUGCCACGACGCCCUUUGACCUCACUACAACGACCCCCCCUGGACUGGACGACCACGGAGGCACGGAGGUCACUUCCUCUACCGACCCACAGGAGCCUGGAGAUGACUACGUUUUUCCUCUUUACUUGGUCUCCUACACUCUCUAUUCUCUCUUCGGUGUCUCUGUCACCUUUUUCGUCGGCAUGAUCGUUUCUCUUUUCACAAAACCGUGGACAGCUGACCGAUCGGGGAAAAUUUACGUUCACCCGACGUUCUACAAACUGAUGAAGAUGUGGGAGGAGCGGCGGCCGGGCGAGGACCCAGCGGCGAGCACGAAGGACCUCGUCAGUCUGGAGAAGUUUUAG